AUGGAGUUUCUAGGCUUGCUAGCUCUUGCCAUCGCCGCGGUGGUCGGAGUUGUCGCCGGCGAGGACUCAACCUGGAGCAAUGGCCGCGCCACGUUCUAUGGCGGCAACGACGCGUCAGGGACAAUGGGAGGAGCGUGUGGGUACGGCAACAUGUUCAGCGCGGGGUACGGGACCAACACGGCGGCGCUGAGCACCGCGCUGUUCAACAACGGGCAGAGCUGCGGCGCGUGCUUUGAGAUCCGGUGCGCCGGCAGCGGGAGCUGCCUGCCGGGCUCCGCCGUCGUGACGGCCACCAACCUCUGCCCCGCCAACUACGCACUCCCCAACAACGAGGGCGGGUGGUGCAACCCGCCGCAGUCGCAUUUCGACCUCGCUGAGCCUAUGUUCACUAAGAUCGCCCAGGCCCGUGCCGGCGUCGUGCCCGUCCAGUACAGAAGGGUGGUGUGUGUCAAGACGGGUGGCAUCCGGUUCACCAUCACCGGCCACUCCUACUUCAACCUGGUGCUCAUCACCAACGUUGCCGGCGCCGGCGACCUGACGGCGGUGUACGUGAAAUCUCCUAGCACAGGAUGGCUGACCAUGAGCCACAACUGGGGCGCCAACUGGCAGAACGGCGCCAUGCUCAACGGCCAGCCGCUGUCCUUCCGGGUCACCACCAGCGACGGCCGUACCAUCACGUCCAACAACGUGGCGCCCUCCGGUUGGAGCUUCGGCCAGACCUUCGCCGGUAGCCAGUUCUAG